GGUGGGCGGAGUGAGAUACUGCGUUGUGUCAGAGGUGUCAUAGCGGCCGGAACAUUCAGAAGAGGAGUGGGAGAUUGGAGCUUGUAUCGUGCUGACUCUGAUAGCCGGACUUCAAUGAACAGUUCGCCUGAUUACUCUUGGAAUAUAUGUCCAACAUUUAUGGCGAUUCGGCGUGUAUGGACAGAAUACUGCCAGGCUCAGCACAGCGUUGGUGCAGACAAGUGAGCAGAGAGGCUUCUCCACUGACAUCGUAGGCCCCCACCUCCUAGUCGGCUUCAGAAAAGCAUAUGGGAGUUCUUAUUUAUUGUCCCACCUCAAAGCUGAAUAUUUUUCACUACUUCAGUUUUCCUUUUGUGAAGGGGAAAUAGUCACCUUUCAUGAGUGCCUCACUGUAGUAGAGACCUUUUUGGUUGCAAUAUAUAUCCAUUUCCCUCCUAGAAGUAAUGUGAGAGGUUUCUUCUGGAUGCUCUUGUGCAUCCCAAAACUACUUAUCUGCAAGAAAUAAACAUCUCUCAUUUGGAACUUUGCAAUAAAUAUACCUUUUUCACCUGCAAAUAUAUAUAUUUUUUUCUUUAUAGAAUUUUUUUAAUAUUUUGCUGUGAAUUUUUUCAGAUUUUUUUUUUUUCUUAAAUAAACCUUAUUUUUUUUAAACUUAUCACAAUGAACCGUCCAGCUCCAGUGGAAAUAUCAUACGAGUGUAUGCGUUUUCUAAUCACCCAUAAUCCAACUAAUGCCACGCUCAACAAGUUUACAGAGGAGCUGAAGAAAUAUGGUGUCACCACUCUAGUGAGAGUUUGUGAAGCCACAUAUGACAAGGCUCCGGUAGAGAAGGAAGGCAUACAAGUCCUAGACUGGCCGUUUGAUGAUGGAGCACCACCUCCUACACAAAUAGUGGAUGAUUGGCUGACUCUCUUAAAAAACAAAUUUCGUGAAGAACCCGGUUGCUGCAUUGCAGUACACUGCGUGGCAGGACUGGGCAGGGCCCCUGUGCUGGUUGCUCUAGCACUGAUUGAAUGCGGGAUGAAGUACGAGGAUGCUGUGCAGUUUAUCAGGCAGAAACGAAGAGGAGCAUUUAACUCCAAACAGCUGCUUUAUCUGGAGAAGUACAGAUCCAAGAUGCGCUUGCGAGUCAAGGAUGCCAAUUGCUGUAUGCAAUAAAGUUGAAUGGAAACGACCACGCCGAGCAGACUCUUGGGCAAUGGAUCAAGUUGAAAACCGUGAUCAAGAUCAGUAGACUGGUUUCGCCUCCGUCCCCACCAAAUACAGAAAUACAAUAAGUGCCACAAUAGGCAACAAAAUCAAAGCAGGUUUCUGUACAUUUUCUCCUCAAGCUUCAUAUUACAAGAUAGGCAGGGGAAAGAAUAUAGGUCCAUGUGCAAUUAACCUUUUAAUGUGAUAAUGUAACAGGGGAGAACUACCAAUUUCAGCUGCCUCAAUGUAUCUAGGCCAGGGAUCAGCAACCUUCGGCACUUCAGCUGCUGUGAAACUACAACUCCCAGCAUGCAAACAUGCUCGGCUGUUAUUCUAACUCCCAUAGAAGUGAAUGAAGCACUCUGGGAGUUGUAGUUUUUGAACCGCUGGAGUGCCAGAGGUUGCCGAUCCCCGAUCUAGGCUGAAGUAUUAAACAUUAAGGCAGCACAAACUUGUAUUUUAAGGACAGGACACAGAGCACAUAGAGAAACACCUGUAUUUUGGCUAAGCAGGAGGAUACUGGGGAAGUUGACUGGACCAAAUGAAUGUGAGGCUGGCUUCUUUUCUUUGAAAAUCUUUAGCUCAGGUGUCGGUGGACGAGCUGUAUAUUUCUCGGUCAUUUGUUUUUAAGCAAAAAGACUAGUUUGUCUGCUCUGCCUACAGCAAGGGAUGCAGGCGAUAAACGGGAGUACUGCUCAGGGCCCUUUAACUUUUGUCUGCUGCCACCAUGGCUCUAAUAAUGCUUGGUUUUAACACUGCCUCUAGCCUUAAGCCAAAUCCUUUGCUAUAUGUGUUUUCUAUGGGAGCUAAUAGUCCAAAUAACAUCUAAAAUCAGUCUUGGAAUCUCCCCCUCUCCCACAACAGUCUUACAGUCAAAAUGCCAUUGCUUAAAAGCUGAUGCCAAACCAUGAAUGCAUUUUGGGAAUCUUAGAACCGCAGCCACAUUUUGCACUGUAUCCAAGCCGAUGCUUUAGACUUGGCCAGCAAGUUUAUGUGCAUAUUUUUAUAUAUCAAGCCUGUCCGUUUUCUCUCCCUCCACCUGCAUUCCCCCUGCAUUUGUGCAAUUUCUAGCUGAAGUCUAAUAUAUCAAAUUUGUAAACCCCCCCCCCCCCCCUUGGAAGGUGAACAGUCUAGUUUGGGGCAACAGAGCUUUUUAUUAUCAUUUCUAGUCACAUUCAAAUCGCAAAGAAGGUAAAACUGCACAAGAGAAUUCAGGGGGUUAUCCAGGAUUAUUAUAUCGAUGUCCUGUCCUCAGGAUAGAACAUCAAUAGGAGAUCGGCAGGGUUCCAACUCCUGGAACUAGCACGAUUAGCUGUUGGAGGAAGCCAUGGCGCUCACUGGUGAGCACUUUGGGCUUCUCACAGCGCCGUACAAUGUAUAGUGGUUGUGCUUGGUAUUGCAGCUCUCCCCCAUUCACAUGAUUGGCGCUAAGCUGCACCUAGGCCGUGUGACUGAUGUAUGUGGUGCCACAUGGCCGAGGAAGAGCCCCAAGUGCUCUGGAGUGGUAUGGGGUCCGGGUGUCGGACCAUUGCCAAUCUGAUAUUGAUGACCUACCCUGAGGAUAGGACAUCAAUAUGAAAUUCUCAGAUAACCCAUUUUGGUUAAUAUUGGAAAGCUGCUUUAUUGUAUUCCAAGUCAGGAACACAAUCCUGUAGUUCAGCCUGAAUUGUCGGGGCUGCUAUGUACAUUAAACAAUGCAGAAUUCAUGUGCCUCAGUCUCCUAACCCCAGUUCCUUGACGAAUACAAGAUUGUAUCAUAUGUGCAAAUACAUGAGUUUUAAUGAUUCAGUGAUUAAUUUCACAGUUUUAAAACCUUAUGGACUUGAAAGAAAAUAUAUUGCUGCUCAAAACAUUCAUGUGGUCUGGUCCUACGCUGGCUGCAUGUUUUAUACAAUAACUAUGCCCAAUAUGAAUUAUAACUACUCCUCUCCCUUGUACUUCAGACAGUAGGAAAUGUUGUGCCUAAAUCUCCCUUUCUUCCCACUGGUGAGGCAAUAUGUCAUGCAGGGGUCAAUUAACAAUUGUAUGUCAAAUGUAACUUUGUACACCCUGUUUCCUGUUUCAAAGAUAGUGGCUGAAGGAGGUGCCGAGACAGAGGUGAUCUAAGUGUAAAUCAUUAAGUGCAAGAAAUUUCCUUGAUCUCAUGAAAUGUCAAAUAAAAUAUUUUACACAUUCUA